GUCAAAACAAUUUAGAAAAUUUUAUUUUAGUUUUCUAAUAUUUUGCUCUUUCAAAUAAGGAAUAAACCGGCUGACUAAAAAAUUUCAACAAAGAUAUUAUUGCUUGUUUUUUAUUUAAUUGAGAUGCUAGAUAUAAAAGAAUAGGAUAAACAUACAUUUAAUUAAUAUUAAUCUCGAGUUAAAUUUAAUAAUUCAAAAUAAAAUAUUUAUUUAUUUUAGUUACUUGUAAUAAAUCUGAAGACUAAAUAAAUUUUACUACUAUGUCCAAUAAGUCAACAAGCAUUAAAGAAGAUUCAAAAUCAAACACAACAGCAAAUCUUCAUAAUUGAUGAAAUAACAACAGGCGGUGAAGAUUGGACCGAUGAUGCAAUACAAACUGAAAGCGAAGGUUGAUAUGAUAUUGAAAUGAAAUUAUCAUCUGAUGUUGUAUGUUUUUAUUCAAAUAUAUAAAUUAUUUGUUUAUUUUAUAAAUAUUUCUAAAUUUUUAUUUUAAUUAUCAAGGUUUGAUGCACAUUCAUCAAAAUUAUUUUAUCCAAUAGUUGGAUUAAAAUUAGAAGAAUUCGUUCGACGCUUUCAAAUCGCUUAUCAUUUAAUAACAAAUGAAAAAUUUCGUUCAAUAUUAUUAUCUGUUUCAUUAUUUAUUAUUGAAUCAUGUCAAUUUAUUCUUGAAAGUCAACCAUGA